AUGAGUGAUCUUUUACCUCCAGAUUCGUGGAUUGUUUAUUUCGAUGAAACAAUGUUCCCAUCAAUUAGGAUGUCUAAGGCUUCCAUGACUGAGAAGCAGAAAUUAGUUGAGAAUUUCUCUUAUAAUGAGAAAAAUCUAUCCUAUUUAGAUCCAAAAACUCUGGAAUGUGAAAGUGAGGUGCAACAAAUACCUAUUCGUCGCCUAAGAACUGCUGCUACCAGAGAUUUGGGAAUCAAAGUCAACAUUCUUGAGUUUGAAGGAAGACUUCAUCCUGAUGACUUCCUUGACUGGCUCUACACAGUGGAAAUAGUUUUCGAGCUCAAAGAUAUUCCCGAUGAAAAACGUGUGAAGCUUAUGGCAAUUAAAUUAAAGAAGCACACUUCUAUUUGGUGGGAAAAUCUCAAAAGGCAACAAGAAAGAGAAGGACGCAACAAGAUCAUAACAUGGGAUAAGAUGCGUCGAGAACUCAAGCAUAAGUUCCGUCCUGAGCAUUAUCGACAAGAAAUUUUUAUCAAAUUUCAUAACUUGAGGCAAAAAACAAUGUCGGUAGAAGAAUAUACAAUGGAGUUCGAACAACUUCACAUGAAGUGCGAUGUCCAUGAACUUGAAGAACAAACUGUAGCUCGUUAUCUUGGGGGUCUCAAUGUUGAAAUUGCAGAUGUUGUUCAACUACAACCAUAUGGGAACCUAAAUGAUGUCAUCAAAUUAGCAUUAAAGGUUGAGAAACAACAAUUAAGAAAAAGCUCAGUGAGUUUAUCUAGACAAAAAGAUUCCACCUCAAACCGUGGGAGACAAAGUUCAGCAACCAUUCCACCUCCAAAGGUAAACUCUUUCAAAAUUCUAAACAAUAAAGAGACUACUUCUACUCGUGUUUCUAAUGUCAACAAAAAGUGCUUCAAAUGCCAAGGAUUUGGGCAUAUUGCUUCUGAUUGUCCAAAUCGAAAAAUUAUCUCUUUAGUUGAAGAAGAAGUCAUGGAAGAACCUAGACUAGAAAAAGUAGACGAUGAGCUAGAAAUAUUCAACAACAAAGAGAUAGAAGAAGUUUCUGCUGACCAUGGAGAAGCUCUUGUUGUUCGUCGUAACCUUAACACUACUAUGAUGACAGAAGAUGAAAGUUGGCUACGUCACAACAUAUUCUAUACAAGGUGCACAUCUCAAGGGAAGGUUUGUAAUGUCAUUAUUGAUAGUGGAAGCUGUGAGAAUGUUGUUGCCAACUACAUGGUGGAAAAGUUGAAACUUCCAAUUGAAGUACAUCCUCAUCGUUACAAGUUACAAUGGAUGAGAAAAGGAAACGUCGUUAAGGUAACAAAGCGCUAUUGUAUUCAAUUCUCUAUUGGAAAUAAGUAUGAAGAUGAAGUCUGGUGUGAUGUUAUUCCAAUGGACGCUUGCCACUUGUUGUUAGGACGCCCAUGGCAAUAUGAUCGUCGAGCUCACCAUGAUGGAUACAAGAAUACUUAUUCCUUCAUUAAGGAUGGAGAGAAUGAAGUAUCUUCACCUUCAUCCAAAGAUGUCAAACCCAUAAUUGAAGAGUUUUGUGAUGUUGUACCUGAAGAGAUACCUCAUGGACUGCCACCAAUGCGAGAUAUUCAGCAUGCCAUCGAUUUCAUCCUUGGUAUUGUAAUUCCAAACAAGCCUGCUUAUCUCAUGAGUCCGCAAGAGUAUAAGGAGUUACAACAUCAAGUCAAACAACUUUUGGAGAAAGGCUUAGUAAGAGAAAGCGUUAGCCCUUGUGUUGUUCCUGCUUUAUUAGUUCCAAAAAAAGAUGAAACAUGGCGUAUGUGCAUUGACAGUCGUGCCGUGAACAAAAUCACCAUCAAGUAUCGUUUUCCCAUUCCUAGACUUGAUGAUUUGUUGGAUCAAUUGCAUAGUGCUAUUAUCUUUUCCAAGAUCGAUCUGCAUAGUGGUUAUCACCAAAUUCGAAUGCAACUUAGAGAUGAAUGGAAAACUGCAUUUAAAACUUGUGAUGGGCUAUAUGAGUGGACAGUUAUGCCUUUUGGCGUUUCUAAUGCACCUAGCACCUUUAUGCGCCUAAUGAACCAAAUAUUUGAAGUACUUCGAGAGCAAAAGCUUUUUGUUAACUUAAAGAAGUGUGAAUUUAUGACCAACAAAGUUAUUUUCCUGGGAUAUGUUGUUUCAAACCAAGGGAUUGAAGUGGACCAAAGCAAAGUUGAUGUUAUUGUCAAUUGUCCAGUUCUGAAGUCACUUCAUGAUGUUCGAAGCUUUCAUGGAUUGACCUCUUUUUAUCGACGUUUCAUCAAAAACUUCAGUUCUGUUGCUGCUCCGCUUACUGAAUGCCUCAAACAAGAUAGUUUCAUAUGGAGUACCAAGGCACAACAUAGCUUCGAGGAAUUGAAAGAAAGGAUUACUAAAGCUCCCGUGCUUGCACUUCUGAACUUUGAUUUGGUGUUUGAAGUUGAUUGUGAUGUCUCUAAUGUUGGUAUUGGUGCUGUUCUUUCUCAAGAAGGAAAAUCAAUUGCUUUUUUAGUGAGAAACUCAAUGAUGCAAAAUUGA